AUGGAGCAGAUUUGUGAAAACAGAGAUCCUUGGCUUGUGGACGAAUCUUCAUUGACACAAGCAUGCGUUCUUGGCCGAGGGAGCUUCGGCUCUGUAACCCUCGUAGGUGAUCCUCAACUACGAGCCUACGCAAAGAAGACAUGUUCGAUAAAUCUCUUCAGUAAUCUUGAGAAGGAACUCGACAUCAUGCUACGUUUCCACAACCAUCCUUGCAUCGUGCAAGCUAAAAGCACUUUUGUUCACUUGGAGAACAACACAAGAUAUUGUUACAUCUACAUGGAAUACGCCAACAAACAAACUCUCCACAAGAUGAUCUCGGAGUUUCCUGGGAAACCAUUACCUGAAUAUAUGAUCCAACGCGCAGCUGGUAUGAUCCUACAAGGACUCGAGGCUCUUCACGCUAAAGGCUACGUUCACUGCGACCUCAAGCCAGGCAAUAUACUCCUCUUCCACUCCACCACUUUUGGAGAGCCAUUUGAUCUCAAGCUUGCUGAUUUCGGUUUAUCCAAAGAGCCUAAUUCCAGUUAUGCGCAUCCAUGUGGCUCUAUGUUUCCUGGUACGCCUCAUUACAUGCCACGGGAGUCUCUUGGGCCAAACGGACUCAUCGAUCCGGCUCUUGAUAUAUGGUCUCUAGGGUGUGUAGUUUACGAGAUGUUUGGUGGUGAACCCGAGCAAGAACUAUUUGAAAAUUAUUAUGAGUGGAGGUUGUUUGAAGAAAUCUCUCCGGUAGCUAAAGACUUUUUGCGGCAGUGCCAUGGACUACAUCCAUCAUACAAGGGCAUCAUGGGAUUAAAGUAUCCGAUAAGGGCUACGGCGUCUGAGCUCUUGAACCAUCCUUUUAUUACACAAAAGCUCAGUGUUCCACUGCCAACCAUAAUAAGACAACAACAAGAAGAUUGGCCGAUGAUUCCAAGACUUCCAGGUUCCAUCUGGUGA